AUGGCAGAGCCCGCAGAAUCCACACCUCAGCAGCAUUAUGGAGCGAUGAGCGAUGAUGGAAAUGAUGAGGAGCAAUCACUCCUCAGCUCGAACGAGAUACAGCAGGGUGUGGAGAGUAUUGAAGCUAUCAGUCAAUCGUGGAGUCGCCGCUCAUUGAUAGUCGCAUAUCUUGGAAUUCUCUUGCUUGCGUUUGCGACUUCUUUGGAAGUGCAGACAACCUCGAAUCUGACAGUGUAUGCUACGAGCGCCUUUGCGGCACACUCACUAGUAUCUACCGUUCUCGUGGUACAAAGCAUUGUCAAUGCGGUCGUCAAGGCACCAAUGGCCAAAUUCGCCAACGUCUUCGGCCGCCUGGAAGCUUUCACCCUCAGUAUUGGCUUGUAUGUCCUUGGGUACGCCCAGAUGGCUGCCUCUUCCAAUGUACAGACCUUCGCAUCAGCCCAGAUCUUCUACUCAGCCGGCUCACAAGGUUUGCAGAUCUUGCAACAGAUCUUCAUCGCAGACACUAGCUGUCUUCUCAACCGAGCCCUGCUCUCUGGUCUUCCAGAUCAGCCAUUCCUAAUUACCGUCUGGGUUGGACCAGUCAUUGCAGAUACUGUACUUGAUAAGUUGACAUGGCGUUGGGGCUAUGCUGUUUGGCUUAUUGUUCUUCCCAUCGCAUUUUCGCCCUUGGCAUUUUCGCUCCUCUGGAAUAUGAAAAAGGCCAACAACGUCCAGCUUCUGCCUCGCGGUAUAAGAAGACAACGCAGUGUCCUUGAUUUUGUUAGGAAGUUGUGGCUUGACCUUGAUGUUGUGGGCUUAGUCCUUCUAUCAGCUUCAGUCUCUCUUAUCCUGCUUCCUCUCACAAUAGCCGCCAAGACGACAGCGAAAUGGCAUAACGCAAGUAUAAUUACCAUGCUUAUUGCUGGUGUCAUCGGUCUCUUGGUCUUCCCGCUAUGGGAAACUUCUGCGAAGCUGGCGCCAAGCCCUUUCCUCUCAUUAAGACUUCUCACGAAUCGUACCGUUCUAGCAGGCUGUGCUAUUGGCUUCUUCUACUUCUCGGUCUUCUACACCAGCGUUCAGCCAUACUUCAGUUCCUAUCUGCAGGUCGUACACUCGCAAUCAGUGACUGCUGCCGGCCAUGUCGUCAACAUCUUCAAUUUCUCAUCCACGAUCACGAACGUGCUGAUAGCCCUGGUCAUCAAAUAUACAGGUCAUUACAAGUAUUUCGUCACUGUUGGCGGGUGUAUCUACUUGCUGGGCGUAAGUCUGGUGAAACUAUAUCGCUCGGAGGAGAGCUCCAUUGGAAUGAUUAUAGCGACCCAAAUUGCGAUGGGCGUCGGGGUGAGUAUCGUGCAUGUGCCUACACAGCUGGGCAUCCAGGCUUCUGUUGCUCAUGCCGACGUUGCAGCAGCCACCGCCAUCUUUCUGACCUCCGUUGAAAUCGGCGGGGCUGUUGGUAGUGCAAUCUCGGGUGCUUUGUGGUCAAGCAAUGUGUUGUCGAAAUUGGAACUCUACCUGCCGUCGCGUACCAAAGCGGAUGCGCCAACGAUUUUCGCUAAUCUCACCAUCGCAAAAAGCUAUCCUAAAGGUUCAUUGGAAAAGCUUGCGAUUGAACGAAGUUAUCAGGAAACGAUGGAUGUGAUCCUGGCUGUGGCAGCAUGCCUUGCUGCCCCAAUAAUUCCGCUCAGUUUCGUCCUCAAAAGUUACCGGCUCGAUGGCGCAAGGAAGAAGGACAACGUUGCAGAUGACGAUAAUGGAAUGAGAGACGAAAGAACUGAACAUUCUGGAUUGCUUGGGAGAGUGAAAGGCAAAUGGAUAAGGCAACUGCUUGGGAAUUAG